AUGGUUGACUGCAGUACUGCGAACAAGAAGCCAUUAAAUGUUCCUUAUCCUCAUUGGCUUGAUAGUGAUGAUGAGGAUGACGAUAAUGAUGAUGCUGGUGAUGAAGAAGAUAAUGAUGAUGAUUUAGAAGCUGGUAAUAAAGAAGGGGAUGAUGAGGAAGAAGAAACUGAUAAACAUGAAGAAGAAUUAGCAGCUGAAAUGGGAGAAGACUUCACUCAGAAGAUGAACUCCCCUCCAUGGUUGAACAAGCACAUUCAUUUUUCAACUACUUAUUCAUCAUCUUCCUUUGUUGAUGACAGUGUACCUCGUGGAUCAACCCCUCCUGUUGGAGAGACUACUGAGCCAAUGAUCCAAGAUGAACUUUUUCCAAAAUCAUCUCCUUAUCCUCAAGAUGAUGUUAUUCCUCAAGCUUAG